GGAUUGUUCAGCGCGGUAUUUCCUCCUUCGAGUCGCGUAAGAGUCGAAGUGUCGCGUUGGUGUCGAAGCACAAGUCAAAAGCACGUGGGUCAUAGCUCCUUCACCUCGGCGUUCCGAAGCCAAACUUUUAGCUACUUCGGAACGCGUAGACGUCAUGGAACUGCGAUGACAGCGCCCGCCAUGAGAGCCAAUUCUCUCAGUCUACUUCGGACGACGACGCGAUGUAGUUGGGCGCGAUCGCAGCCAUUCACAAACACUGCAGCAAGAUGUGCUACUCGGUGGUCCUCGACCUCGACGCCCUCAAGUUCGGGCGGAGAGAGGCAAUGGUCGACACCACUGGCAAAAUUUCUGGGUGAAGCCAUCACAACUACAGGCCCAAUAACGGUGGCAGCCUACAUGCGCCAAUGUCUCACCUCGGAACUAGGAGGCUACUACACGCGACAGACAUCACCCGGAGAGGACCAAUUCGGCACGAAGGGCGACUUUGUCACAUCACCCGAGAUCAGCCAGGUCUUCGGCGAGCUCAUUGGCAUAUGGUUGUACGCUGAGUGGCUUGCGCAGGGAAGGAAAGAAAAGGUGCAAAUUAUCGAGGUGGGACCGGGACGUGGGACACUUAUGGAUGAUGUGCUGAGGACCAUCGCGAGCUUCAAGGGAUUCGCGAGAAGCAUCGAAGCCAUCUACCUCGUCGAAGCGUCGCCGCACCUGCAGAAGCAACAGGCGAAGCUCCUCGCUGGUACCGAAGAUGUACAAAAGAGCGAGGUCGGAUGGACAGCGCCGUGCAAGUACAUACCGGGAUGCAACAUCCAGUGGUGUGAGGACAUACGGUUUGUGCCCAAAGAGGAGACUUCCGCACCCUUCAUCCUCGCCCACGAAUUUUUCGAUGCCCUUCCAAUCCACGUGUUCCAGAAUGUCCCUCAAUCCUCAAUCCCGGCUUCCUCCACAAUCAUAACCCCCACCGGCCCUAUCAAACCAAAACAUGGCGCCACAGCACCCAAGAACACAUGGCAUGAGCUUGUCGUCUCUCCCACGAACCCAUAUUCCAGCGCUGGGACCACCACCACAACUCCUUCUCCAAAGAAAGAAGACGAGAAACCCGAUUUCGAACUCACAGUCUCCAAAUCGCCCACACCGCACUCGCUCUACCUUCCCAAAAUGUCUAACCGCUACAAGGCACUUGAAAACACACCAGACGCCAUCAUAGAAAUCUCGCCAGAGUCAAUAUCUUACAUAAAUGAUUUCGCCGUACGGAUAGGCGGCAGCAACCCUACAUCGUCGUCGACCACCACUGCACCACAAAAACAGCCCACGUUCCAGAAGCCCGAACCAUCAGGCGCAGCGCUAAUUCUCGACUAUGGCCCCUCUUCCACGAUUCCUGCUAAUACUCUACGCGGCAUUCGUUCGCACCGCCCCGUGUCCCCCCUCUCCUCCCCGGGGUUUGUCGAUCUAAGCGCUGACGUGGAUUUCCUCGCCCUCGCCGAAUCAGCACUCGAUGCUUCCCCCGGCGUCGAGGUUCAUGGGCCCGUCGAACAAAGUUUCUUCCUCUCUACAAUGGGGAUCAAGGAGCGUGCGGAGCGGUUGUUGAAGAGCGCAAAGGAUGAUGAUACUAGAAGGAGAUUAGAGAUUGGCUGGAAGAGAUUGGUUGAUCGGGGCCCGAAUGGGAUGGGCAAGUUGUACAAGGUUAUGACGGUUGUACCGUAUAGAGAAAAGGGGCCAGUGAGAAGGCCAGUAGGCUUCGGAGGUGAUGUGAUGUGAGAGGAAUCUACAUGUCUAUCUGUAUGAUAUUGCAUUGGUAACGUGCUUGAAGGUUUAGUUCUUAGAAAGUGUUGCCGUACGUACGUUCUGCGACACUCCAUUAUUCCUGCAAUCAAUCAUGUCGCGC